UCCGCCGCCUGCCCGCCCGCCGCCGCCGCCGCCGCCGCCGCCGCCGCCGCCGGCCCAGCGGCCGCCGCCCCAACCAUGGAGCAAGACCACAGCCCCCGGAAGAUCCAGUUCACCGUCCCGCUGCUAGAGCCGCACCUUGACCCCGAGGCGGCGGAGCAGAUCCGGAGGCGCCGCCCCACCCCUGCCACCCUCGUGCUGACCAGUGACCAGUCAUCCCCAGAGGUGGAUGAAGACCGGGUCCCCAACCCGCAUCUCAAGUCCACUUUGUCCAUGUCUCCACGGCAACAGAAGAAGGUGAUGAGGACCACACCCACAAUGAAAGAGCUCCAGAUGAUGGUCGAACAUCACCUGGGGCAACAGCAGGAGGGAGAGGAGCCUGAAGGAGCCGCCGAGAGCACAGGGACACAGGAGUCCUGCCCACCUGGGAUCGGAGACACAGCAGCGGCGUCGUGGCUGGGCACCUCUGGGAAAGCACACAAGCCUGCAGAAUCCAUCCCUAACACUCAGGAGAGGGGCAGUGAGAAACCCAGCACAGAGGAACCCUCAACCCAUAGACCACCAUUGGAUUCCAAGGGAGCCAGUUCGGUCUGAGAGUGAAGGAGGUAUCUUGCAAUCAAGACUGCAGUUGGGAAUGCACGGACACUGGAUUUGUUUCUUAUUUCUUCACUUUUGGGGAAAAUCUCUUGUUUUUAAAAGUGAUAAAUUUAGUGUUAAGUC